UUUCCGGCGGCGCCGGUCGAGAAGCGCGAUCUGAGUUGGAGGCGGCCGCGUCGGCUUCCCGGAUCCGGAGUGGUUGUCGGAGGAUUCCAACCCGGAGCGGGGCCUGAGCCUCCUUGGGACUCCGCCAGCCGCGGACCCGCGCCAGUCAGCCGCCGUCUCGUCCCGCUUCUCUGCUGAAGCGCCGCGUGGCUGGGCGGCGAAUCCAGGCCUCAGCCGGCCCUCGGGGCCUCGGGGGCCCUCCCGGGCUCAGCAUGCCCGGAGUGAAGCUGACCACCCAGGCCUACUGCAAGAUGGUGCUGCAUGGCGCCAAGUACCCUCACUGCGCCGUUAACGGACUGCUGGUGGCCGAGAAGCAGAAGCCUCGCAAGGAGCACCUACCCCUGGGCGGUCCGGGCGCCCACCACACCCUCUUCGUGGACUGUAUUCCCCUCUUCCACGGCACCCUGGCCCUCGCCCCCAUGCUGGAGGUGGCCCUCACCCUGAUUGAUUCAUGGUGCAAAGAUAAUAGCUAUGUGAUUGCUGGUUAUUAUCAAGCUAAUGAACGAGUAAAGGAUGCCAGUCCAAACCAGGUUGCAGAAAAGGUGGCCUCCAGAAUUGCCGAGGGCUUCAAUGAUACCGCUCUCAUCAUGGUAGACAACACGAAGUUCACGAUGGACUGCGUGGUCCCUACGAUCCAUGUGUACGAACACCACGAGAACAAAUGGCGGUGCAAAGACCCACACUAUGAUUACUGUGAAGACUGGCCAGAGGCCCAGAGGAUCUCAGCAUCACUCCUGGAUAGCCGGUCCUAUGAAACGCUCGUGGAUUUUGAUAACCACCUGGAUGACAUUCGGAAUGACUGGACAAAUCCAGAGAUCAAUAAAGCUGUUCUGCACCUGUGUUAGGGAGGGAUUUCCGUGACUGAUCUCUGGGCAUUUCCACUACACCGAAGAAGAAAAGUUAUUUUUAAAUGUAAAUAAAAUAUCUCAUAGCCUGUGUGGAAGGCUGACAGUUUUCAGAAGUGGCAUGUGCCUUGAAAGAGGGCAGAAUGUCCCACCAGUCGUCUUUUUAAUGAAAAGUCUCUAGAAGCGGUACGGACUGUCCCGUCUGACCCUCCCUGUGGAGUCCUUCCCAGUUGUCUGUUGCCAUAAUCCAAUCAAAGCUGUUUCUGCUUGUCCAAGAUUGUUCCUAUUAAACAGUUUUAAUUAACCUUUUA